UGUUGUGAUCCUUGGGUGCACGUUACAUUGGGUCUGGCCAAAGUGGUAUCCUGCGCAGGGCAUGGAAGUUUGAUUGGUCGAAAGGUCUUGUCUCUGAACAACCUCGAUAUUGCAGAGCAUCUCUGCAAGUACACCGAAAAUGACAGUUUUACCCUUUUAACAUGAAUAAAGUAUUUGACCAUCUGUCCCGCUAUUGUUGGAAUUUGCAAGGCCUCUUUUGGCAAAACAAAUCUGAAAACUGAAAACUGAAAACUCUUUCAUGUUCCUCGGUGACAGUCACGUGUGGCUAACCCAUUUUUCAACCCACCAUGCGUUGGACUGUGCAAGUGCAAGCUACCCCAUUUUUCAAGUUUAUAACUUGCACCAUCUUCUCACGUUCUUCAUUUUCAUGCUCAUGCUCUGUAACCCUGUUCAUUGCGGUAGAAAAGAAACUGAAGAUGGAGGAGGGUGGGGGUGGCUACAACUCUUCCAUGGAGCAGUUAAUGAGACCCAAGUCACCACCGCCAGGCCCUGUGGAUUUUCAUGCCAACCGCAACCAAAUGGUUAAGAUUCAGGUUUUGGAGAGAGAGAUUGCUUUACUUCAGGAGGAAUUAAAAUCACUGGAAAGCCUUCACCCUGCUUCUAGAUGCUGCAAAGAGCUUUAUGCCUUUGUAGGCUCUGUUUCAGAUCCCUUCACACCCAAACGAAAGCAGACGAUCUCUAAAUCCCAUCACUUCAGUCUUGGAUGGGCUUGCUGUUGCAGCUGUUGGGUGGUGCAUAAGAAAAUGGGAAAAGGUUGUUGUUGUUCUUGUUGUACAUGUUCUUCAUCAAACAACAAGUGUUGUGGUUGUGGAAGCACCUGCUUCAAGAGUGCAUCUAGAUGUGCCCAAAAUUGUUGUUGCUAAACACUGAUUUAAUUAUAUUUCAUGCAAAUGUGAUGAUGAUUGAUGUGGACCUGUGUGAACAACUGCAUGUUGUGGAACAUGUUCAUCAAUAAGUAAAUUAAGUACUCAUGAGCUCAACUAAGAAAUUAACGUAGUUUUAAGGGAAUGAUGGCAACAUAUAUCCAACAUCAUUUUAC